CGGAGCGAGCGGCGGGCGCGGGCCGGAGAGAGCGCGGCGGGUCCGGAGCGAGCCUCCCCGGCCAGGAUGCGUUUCGCCAGGGGCAACUCCAGCAGCGGGGACAACGCCACCCGGGGGGCAGGCGGGGAUCCGCCGAGGGACGCGCGCGACGAGGAGCUGGCCAAGGUGGAGAUCGCCGUGCUGGCCGUGACCUUCGUGGUGGCGGUGCUGGGCAACAGCAGCGUGCUGCUGGCGCUGCACCGCACGCCCCGCCGCAAGACGUCCCGCAUGCACCUCUUCAUCCGCCACCUCAGCCUGGCCGACCUGGCCGUGGCCUUCUUCCAGGUGCUGCCGCAGCUGUGCUGGGACAUCACCUACCGGUUCCGGGGCCCCGACGGGCUGUGCCGCGUGGUGAAGCACCUGCAGGUGUUCGCCAUGUUCGUGUCGGCGUACAUGCUGGUGGUGAUGACGGCGGACCGCUACAUCGCCGUGUGCCACCCGCUCAAGACGCUGCAGCAGCCCGCGCGCCGCUCGCGCCUCAUGAUCGCCGCCGCCUGGGCGCUGAGCUUCGUGCUGAGCACGCCGCAGUACUUCAUCUUCUCCAUGUUGCAGGUGGACAACGCCACGGGGGCCCGCGACUGCUGGGCCACCUUCAUCCAGCCCUGGGGGCCCCGCGCCUACGUGACAUGGAUGACCAGCGGCAUCUUCGUGGCGCCCGUGGUCAUCCUGGGCACCUGCUACGGCUUCAUCUGCUACCACAUCUGGCGCAACGUCCGCGGCAAGACGGCGCCCCGCGGGGGCAAGGGGGGCGCCGCCGCCCAGGGCUCCUCCGGCGGCGACGGCGGCGCCUUCCACAACGGGCUGCUGCUGGAGCCCUGCGUCAGCAGCGUGAAGAUCAUCUCCCGCGCCAAGAUCCGCACCGUGAAGAUGACCUUCGUGAUCGUGACGGCGUACGUCGUUUGCUGGACGCCCUUCUUCGUCGUCCAGAUGUGGUCCGUCUGGGACGAGAACCUCCACUGGGUCGAGUCGGAAAACCCGGCCAUCACCAUCACGGCAUUGCUGGCUUCCUUGAAUAGUUGCUGCAACCCCUGGAUAUACAUGUUUUUUAGUGGCCAUCUCCUGCAAGACUGUGUUCAAAGCUUCCUGUGUUGCUACAACAUGAAGCGACCAUUCAACAAAGAAGAUUCUGACAGUCUGAGCAGAAGACAGACUUCUUACACUGUCAACCAGAGCCCGACAAACAGCAUGGGUACGUGGAAGGACUCACCUAAAUCUUCCAAGUUCAUCAAAUUCACUCCUGCUUCAACCUGAGCCCCUCAGUCAUGCGACUGACUCUUGGGAUAGACUUUCUUGCCCACUGGCUGAAUCCAGCUCAUCAUCUUGAGAACAAAUGAACUACAUCAGAUAAGCAUAUGCCAAUUUGUUGGGUAUAAGACUGUGUUUCUGGUUGCAUUUUCAUAUUGCUAUGACCAAAUGCUAUGAAUUGGUUUAUACAGAAUAAUAAAAACAUGCUACACUACAAUGUUCAGGCCUAAUUCCCAGAAAUAUAACAAGUUCCUAAAGGAAAUAUAACAGACAUUUCUAAAGGAAAAACUUUAACCAUCCUGACUUUAUAUUUUGCUGUUGGUUUCUUCUCUUUUUAUUUCUGAUAUAACUAAGGUUUGAUUGGUUUAGAAGUCAUAUAACGUGGGGGCCUUAUUUCUGAACAAAGUGAGCUCACUAUCCAUCAGCAUUAAGAGUCAAAAAUGAAUUAGAAAAGGCUUCAAAGGGGCAUGUUUGGUUCAAAGUGGAAAGAAGAAAGUUUUAUUAGAAGCUAUAAAUCACCCAAAAUUCCAAAACAGGAAGUUUAGAACAGGCAGUUCUCUCCUCUAGGUUCCUCAUGCUUUGUUGGUUGUGAAAUGCCAAUGGACUAAGAUGCUGAAGGUUAGAAAAAUGUGUCAACUCACUGAUAAUACUUUUCUUCUCCUGCAAGGUCGUUCUAAAGUCACAUUUGUAUCAGGAAAACUCAGUUUUAUUAGAGAAGUAGAAGUGGAUUGUCCAAGGUACUAUGCAGACUUUCUCUAGAAUGUUUUGACCAGUGUCCAACUCUCACACUGCUAUUGGAAAAUAGGCCUUAACAAGACCGUUUGCUGGAUAAUAACAUGAUCAUUGCUUCAUGGUUGGGGAGUCCAAAUUCAUAGAUAAGAAAGUCUGCUAAAGAGGAACUCAGGAUAUAUAAUGUCCCCUCGCACUUAAUUAAAAAUAACUUGGUCUUUCCUUCCCAUCUCCCACCCUUUGACCAGCAUGGGUAGAAGAAAGGCAGGGUUUCUCCGGGAUGCUGAGGGAGAUAGAAAAACAAAACAAAACAAAAAAUAACUGCUCUGCAUCUCCUCUGGUUUUCUUCAUUAUUAAAUGCAUGGCUUUGGGCAAAUUAUUUAAAAAUUCAUAAAGCCUCUAUGUCCUUGGCUAUACAAUGGGGUUGAUAGCACUCUCCUCACAGAGUCAUUGUGAGGACUAAAUGAAAUAAGUGUGUGAAAGAUCUUCGUAAAUAAACUGCCAAGUGUUAUACAAACACUAGAGGAUGUUUUAUUAUAAUCUUGGGGCCUUGAGAAUAGCUCAGCCUUUUUCUGUUUACUUUUCAUUAACCAGAAUUUGUUGGUUUCAUGUCUGGGAUAUAAAAUAUCCUAAAACUUAAAUAUAGCUUCGCUGAUUCAUUGGAAAGCACUGCCAGCGCGGCUGAGCCUAACUUCUGCCUGUUUCCCACUUUUUAAAAGACAGAACUUGCUUUCCUUUGAGUGCAGGUAAAUCAAAGCCAGCCGAGAGCAUGUUUCUCUUAUUCCCAAACAGAGAUAAAUCACAACACUGUUUGGCUGUUGUUACUGCAUUUUUUAUUAAUGGAACUCAGUGGGUUUGUUCUGCUAUUUUGUCUGGCUCCUUUUCCUUCUUAGAGACCAUGCAAUAAUUUGCGGAUACAUCAUAAAUAUUUUGCAUCUCUUAAAGGAAGUAAUAGUUAUUUUAAUAGCAUUGUUGGUCCUUUUUAAAUUUUUAUUAAAAAAAAAUAACUUUGUAGAUAAAAACUGAGGACUGGAUUGCAUUGUGAGAACCUGAAACCAGCAACUUCACUCCUCUUCAUUCUCUUGCCUCUCCAAAUUCUCAGGCCUUUUACUCCCUGGAUUGAUAUACCUUUAAAAAAAUGUUUGCAAAUGUUUUAUGGACAUUAAGCCCUUAGGUCUUAGAAGUAUACUUUUCAAAAAUAAAAAU